GGAAGUGCAGCCUGCCUCACGCUCUGCCUUUGGGUGUCUGCAGUGUUCUGACGAUGUGAAGAGUUCCAUCCACACGCGGCCCAAAAAGGAAAUAGAGGAAGCAGAAGGAGAGUCACUGCGAUAGGGUGAAGGAUGCAGUGCAGGGUAAGUUUGCCGGCGUUAAGGAGAGAGUGGACGUCGAGGAGGGUUCUUAAGUAAAUGGGAGGAGGAUGGGGGUCGGAGACCCAAUUUGCGAAAAAGGGAAUGGGCAGCGCGGGACGGGACGGGGUGGAUCAGGAUGUGGGAUCGGGAGGAGGAGAAGGUCGGAAUGCGGAGGAGGGUGUGGACGUCGAGGAAGGGUGUGGACGUCGAGGAGGGUUCUUAAGUAAAUGGGAGGAGGAUGGGGGUCGGAGACCCAAUUUGCGAAGAAGGGAAUGGGCAGCGCGGGACGGGACGGGGUGGUGGAUCAGGAUGUGGGAUCGGGAUUCGUUGGGGGAACCGGUGAGAGCCGUCGAUCAACGAUCGUCAUUCACGUCGGAGAUUACGAUGGGAGAAGCGUCGGCAAUUCCUGUGGCAGCUAUGGAGCAUCAUGAAACGAUGGAGAAGGAAGAAGAACCUCGGCUGCACGACGGCGAUGGCGGCACAAAGGCCAUGGCGAUGGCGCAGGCGGCGGCAGGUUCCUCCGCGGCGGCGGCGACGACCGAAGAAGAUCCUCUGGCCAAGCUUAAGGGAGCAAUGAUCAGCCAAGGCGCUGAGGCUCGAGUGUUUGGCGCGCAGCUCCUCAAGCGCGCCAUUGUAAUUAAGGAGAGGUUUACAAAACGAUAUCGUCAUCCUACUUUGGAUGGUAAAUUAACGACCCGUAGAUUGGCUGGCGAAGCUCGAAGCAUGAUCAAAGCGAGAAAACUAGGCGUUCGUACGCCGGUGCUGUUUGGCGUCGAUGUCGAGGCUCGAUCCCUUCUCCUUGAAUUUGUCGAAGGAACAUCGGUGAAAGACUUACUCCUUCUUGCGGCGGCUCCCCCAACGACCGAAGAAGAUGGAGGAGAUGAAGGUGACGCCGCCGCCAUAGCCGCGAAGAAGAAGAAGGAGAAGGAGAAGCAGGAGCUCAUCGGUGACCUGAGUCAACAGAUCGGCGAAACGGUGGCGAAGAUCCACGAUGGAGGACUUGUCCAUGGAGACCUGACGACAUCAAAUAUGAUCAUAAGAGGCAGAGAUGGGAAACUGGUGAUGAUAGACUUUGGCCUGAGCUUCAACUCCACGAUUGCAGAAGAUAAGGCGGUCGAUCUGUACGUACUAGAGCGCGCGUUUAUCAGCCUUCACUCGAAACUUGGAGAUGUUUUCGGAUUGGUACUAGCAGCGUACAAGAAAAGUUCCAAGAAUUGGUGCUCUGUUCUCAACAAGUUCGCGGCUGUCAGACUCCGUGGCAGGAAACGAGUCAUGAUUGGCUGAGAGUACAACUUCACCGAUCUCAUCUCUCUCUCUCUCUCUCUCUCUCUGUGCAUCUGUGUGAAUGUUGCCUUCUGAUGUUACUUAUUGCCUAGGUAUUUUCGCCUAGCACCGAAAGAGAUGUCGUUCUCAUGCUUCUCUCUCUUUCUCUCUCUCUCUCUCUCUCUCUCUCUCUCUCUCUCUCUCUCUCUCUCUCUCUUUUUCGGUGCAGGUGUGUCUGUUCAGUUCUAGUGUUUGUUACUGCCUCGGUAAUUUUCGCCUAGCACCGAAAGAGGUGUCGUUCUAAUGCUUCUCUCUCUCUCUCUCUCUCUCUCUCUCUCUCUCUGUGUCUGUGUGCAUAUGUGUCUGUUCAGUUCUAGUGUUUGUUAUUGCCUCGGUAGUUUUCGCCUAGCACCGAAAGAGGUGUCGAUCUCAUGCUUCUUCUUCUCUCUCUCUCUCUCUCUCUCUCUCUCUCUCUCUCUCUCUCUCUCUCUCUCUCUCUCUCUCUCUCUCUCUGUCUCUCGCUCGCUCGCUUGCUCGCUUGCUCGCUCGUUGGCCCACUUACUCUCUCCGAGUCCGGUGUGAUCUCAGGGUCAAAAGGUCAGAGAAGACGGUGAGAGCAUCAGUUUCUUGCCUGGUAGGGGUGGGGGGUUCUGUCUGCCUGCUUCAGUCACGCUACCUCUUCGUCUGAUAAGCGUUUUUUUUUUUUUUUUUGCGGAUUCCUUUUUUGUUGAAACUGUAAUUCACCUGUCGACGCGAAGGACGUUGUCAAUCGUCCAGUUGGCCAAGCGCUCCAUCCACAUUUGAUCGGACGGUUAUCAAUUGUUUUCACAUUGUAGAGCUGCUCGACUCUGAUUCUGGUUCAGUACAACAGUAGGGCACAUAUACGUAGAGCUGCCACAUUUAGUUCAUCAAUGGGUUUUUUGUGUUAUUGUGGUCUGUGUAUCCAUUCAUCCACCCAUUGAUCAAUCAAUCAAUCAAUCAAUCAAUCAAAGACGC